CAGGAGUCCAUUAUUCUUACACAGAGGUGGUAAAGACUGAAGAAUCAACCCUGCCACAGAGGAGACCAACUAGGAGAUCCACAGGGAAACGUGUGAUAUCUGCAUGAUGACAAAAGGAAAGCCAGAUUGUUCUGUGGAGAUGUUAAUGCUGCUGGUGGUAUUGACUUUGGUCCCCACUUGGAGUGAUGGACUCGUGCUGAAGAAGUGUGAGCUGAGGUCUCAGCUCGAGGCAGCUUUUUCCGAGCUGCUACCAGAGAAGGCUGCGGAGAUUGUUGCUAAAUUGGCCUGCACAGUAGAACAAACUUCUGGGUUCAACACCAGUCUUGUCGACAUAACCUACCAGUAUGACCCCAGAUUCUCUGGAAUGGGAGAAUUGCCACUAAAAUCUAAUGAAAUGUUUCAUCCUGAACGAGCCGAGGUCCAGCCUGAAAAAAGUGUAGACCAUGUUGAUCGGAAAUCCAGGAAGAAGAAGGAUGCUUCAAAUAAUGAUGAAAUUGAGACUGAUCAGUCUGAAGAAACACAAGAGAACAAUGGGUUGUAUGGAACAGUCAUACCUCAAACAUCUGAGCCUGACCCCACAGAUAUAUAUUAUGAUACCUACGAAAUGCUAUUUGGUUCCACAUUUAAACCAAAUGACAGAACUGAAGAUACCGAAGCAAGGAUGAAAAGAUCUCCACAUAUCUCUGAAGAUCUGACUACACUAUAUGGAAUCUUCCAGCUGAGCGACAUAGCAUGUAAUUCAGGAGCAAGCAACGGUCUCUGUGGACUGGAAUGUAGCGCUCUAACUGAUGAUGACAUCACCGAUGACAUUGCUUGCCUGAUGAUUAUGUAUGAGAAAGGGAGGAUGAUGGGGUUCACACGGAAGUGUGCGUCUGUGGAGCCAUCGCACUACUUUGCUGAGUGUGGCUGAAAUGGACUCAAACUAACAAUCACACUCAUUUUUCAGUAGUAAAAAUGAAUGCUAACGUAAAAAUAUUUUCUUUCCUGGAUCAGAAUUGGUAGGGGUUGCAUUAACCCCAACAAUAAAUCUAAUAUUAUUUAAAUUCAAUAUUAAUUUAACGGGUGUUUCUAGUAGUGGGUGAAGUAUUCGUCACUAUAUAUUAAAACUAACGUAAGAAUAUAACAUUUCUGUGAUUUCUGUCUGUUAUUCGUGCAAGAUAUAUAGCACUAAGAUAGAAAGAAUAUAUGCAUUAUAUUGACAGUUAUUAAGGAUCAAAUGUUUAUGUGACUAGC